UUUAUCAAAACAUUCCAUGGUGCGGUGAAACUCGUCCAACUUUUUGUCGUAAUUUGUGAUACAAAUGUGUUUCUAACGACUGACGUGGUAUUUUAAUUGGAAUCCAAACUUCCUAAGAUCGUCUAGAAAUUACCAUUUCGAGGAAUAAAGUGUUUAUUUAUCACAUUCCUCGAUGCAUCAAAAACUCGCCGCUCGCUGUGCUGAUGAGUCAUAGCCACACGCAGGCAGAACAAGGAAAGCAACAGCACAGGAACAGCCAGUUGCAGACGAACGCCCUGUACCUAGAAUGGCCGAAUCCGGAAUAGAAUCUCCGGCCGCCCCGGAAUGGUUGCUGAAGCUGGAAAGUCGCCGUGAACAGAUCAAGGCCAAGCUGAGCCACGAAAGCGGGAAUGGUGCACCGUGCAACGUUUGUGGCAGCUCCUGUCCCGGGCUGGAUUUACACUUUUGGCGUAAAAUCUGUCGCAACUGCAAAUGUCGCAAGGAGCAGCACGACUGCAUCGACGACGAUGUAAGCGGAUGGGCACAGUUUGAAAUCUUGGGCGCAAUCCGAUCCAAGCCGGCAUAUAUUCGCAUCUCCGAGCUUACCACCGAUAAGCCGGUGCAGCUGGCCUGGGUCCCACCGAACGUAACGCCCGAGCUAGCCUCGGACUACAUGCGCACGCUCGGCCAGCAGAACAUCCCGAUCGUGGGCAGCGAGGCGGCCGAGAAGCGCAAACAGCAGCUCGAGUAUCAAGUGCCCGCGCACGAUCUCGACACGAAUCUGUGCCAUAACCUGACGCCGUACGAGGCCGGCCAGCUGAGCGAUUACGUGGAGAAGAUCAAAACGCACUGCGUCGGGCAGGGCACGGUGGUGCGCGUUGGUGGCGAUACGGCUGGCCUGGUGCAGUACGGCACGGUCGUGCAGCAGCCGGCGCAAAGCAGCGGUGCAACGGCACCGGCCAGCAGUGGGCCGGCCGACACCGCAAACGGAACGAAGCGACCGGACUACAUGGAAAGUCCGGUGCUGUCGGACAAGAUGAAGUACAAGCUGAAUCUGAUGGGCAUCGGCAGCUCGGAAAUGGUGGCGCAAGCCAUGCUGUACGAUCCCGCCACCGUGCUCAGUGGAGUGGACCAGAGCGUACCGGAAGCGAUCGUGAAAUUCCACCAGGAGUAUCAAGCGAAUCCGAAGUUUCGCGCCGAAAUGGAUCACUUUGUGGAUCGGCUAAAGUUCCCGACCGCUCAUCAAGCCGCGUACAGUGAACCGGUGCCAUAUGGUGAACGCGGUGCCACGAUUGUACCGUCCGGAAGUAACGAUUCCGGGUUCGGGUCCAUCCCCGUUAGUCCAUCGCACGCCCAGCUGCUCGGGCCGAUGGAAGCGUUGGCACUGGGCGGUGGUGGCGAGCAACGCGGUAUGCCACCGGCACAGCAAGCCGUACGGGAUGCGGUUGCCAUGACGGCGCACCACUGUACCGGCUGUACGCAACCGAUCGCGGUCGGGGAGGUCGCGGUAAAGGUGGACCGGGCAAGCAGCAGCGACCGGUCGAUCUGGCACCCGCAGUGCUUCAAGUGCAAUCGGUGCGGGGAGCUGUUGGCCGAUCUGGUGUACUUCUAUCACGGUGGGGCCGUUUACUGUGGGCGCGAUUUGGCGGCAAUGCUGAAAAUACCGCGCUGUGCCGCGUGCGACGAGCUGAUCUUCACGAAGGAGUACACGGCGGCCGAGGGGGCCACGUUCCAUGUGCGCCACUUCUGCUGCUACCACUGCGAUGGACCGCUGGCCGGGCAGCAGUACGUGAUGGACGAGCGGUCGGCUCAGCCGCUGUGUUUGCCGUGCUACAAGGGCCACUACGCGCAAACUUGUGCCACCUGCCAGCGGUGCAUCGGGCCGACGGAGCAGGGCGUCGGCUGGGACAAGAUCCACUGGCACAAGGAGUGUUUUCUGUGCAGUGGCAAACACUGUCAAAAGUCGCUGAUCGGCGGGCGGUUCUGUGUGAAGGCGAACCGGCCGUACUGUAGCGCACAGUGCACGAAGGAUAUCUAACGCUUCACGGGGUGAAGCGAUGCCAUAGUAAGGGGCGGUGUGAGUAUUUUAAAUCUUCCUCCCAAUAGUAGUAAUAGUAACAAGCAGAUUGCAUUUAAGAAAGAUACAUUUAACAAAGUCGAUCACUCGCAGGCUAGUCGAAAAGAUACGGUAUACGGUAUUUUGGAGGUUUAAAAAAACGGGAAAUUUUCCAAAAAAAAAAAGGAAAAAAGGAUAAAAAUCUAAAAAAAGGGGUUUUCAGCGGUUCUCAUAGUUGUGGGACAUUUCCUUGACUCUUUCUUAUUGGAAGUGAACUUCUUAAGUUGGAAAUUGGAGUCGAUGGCACGCUUUUUGGACAGGCUCCUUGGAAAUUCUUAUUGGAUUUGUCAAACAAGUGUGCUAUAGAGUCCAUUUCCCAUUAAAUUUGAUUCAUUUCACGUAUGAAAGAGUCAAUAAAGUGUCCCACAGCUAUGAAAACUCCUGGAAAACCCUGUAAACUACAAAAUAGGCAGCUUUAUCCACAAGGGAAAGGGAUAUAGUAUUUUGGGCUUGUAAUCUAGGGCUAAGAAAAACAGGAAUUGAAAAACACUCGCGCGUGCCUGAAGAGGAAGUAUUUUUUUCGGCAAAAAUAAUAGUCACAAUUAUUCAUAUACGUAUUUACCAUAAACAUAUAUUUUUGAUACAAGAUAUACGUGCAUGCACUCCAUUUAUCUCGAUAGGUGAUAAGGAUUACAAUAACAAAAGGAUAGAAAGGAAGGAAGAAGGUGUGUAAAGUAGAAUCAAUCCAAGAAUCUUUGAAUGCAUUUUUUUAAACAAUAGAAUUAAAUCGUAUAGUGCCUAAUCACGAAGCCACGAAUCCACAAUUUUUAAACCAUGCCAACCGAACAAAUAUAGUACAACGUGUGUGUGUGUGUGUGUGUGUUUUACGAUAAAAAGGUAACUAUUUUGGUGCCGAGCUUGGGAAGAAGAAUUGAACUAUUGCGCUACUAUAUUACAGUAUUAUCUUCAUAUUGCUUAAAUAAAUCCAAACGAAGUGGGAAACAUUUAAA